UUACAGUGUGCUGGCUGUGACAUUAGUGUAAAGAAAAUAAAAGGUAGAAAAAAAUUAAUACUCAACGAAGAGGAAGCAACUUCUUUUUCUAGUUGUUUAGAAAGAAUAAUAUCCGUCAAUGACAUUUUAUGCCGUAGGUGUCGGCUUUCUAUUUACAAAAAAAAGAAGUCUGAGAAUGAUUCAAAAUUAGAGAUUAAUAAAGAUCUUCCUUCCUCCGAAUUAACUUCUGAUCCGAUAUUCGAAGUUCAGAUAAAACCAAAAGAAGCCAUGCCUGAAGUUGAAUAUAUUGAAAUUCCUAUUCAGAGGACACUUUCUACGCAUAAAUAUUGUUGCAUUUGUUCUUCCAAAAUAAAUCUUACAGUAAUUCCGGAAGAAGCUCGAAUGCAAUCGUACAUUAAGAAAAAAAUCUAUAUACCGGUUGGUAAUCGGUGUUGUACAAAUCACUUAAUAAAAAACCGAAUUUUUGAAGAAGAUCUUAAUCUUCUAAAGAUAUACUCUAACACAACAAGUCUCACUGGGUUAGAGUUAUCCAAAAUGAUGGAAACUCUUUCCAUUAAAUGUGAUUCUACAUUAUUUAACAAAGUCGGUGAAUUCAAUCUUUCAGAAAAACAGCUUGAUGUCUUUACCGGAUUAACUUGGGACAAUAUUAUUCAAAUAAAAGAUAUGAUGAUAUCAUUAAGAAAUAGUAAGUCUCGUUCAGUAAUUCAAGCUCUGGUUGUGUUUCUUUUCAAAUUACGUACGGGAAAUUCCAAUAAAAUGAUAGCUUCCAUCUUGCAAUUAGAGAAUGAACAAUCAGUUUCAGAUUAUUCUCUGAGCAUAAUCAAGUCCUUUGAAAAUGAUAUUUUACCAUUUCAUUUUGUCAUACAUGCUGUUAACAGAGAUAAUCUUAUUCAAAAUCAUAACACGGAAAUAACAAGAAAAUUAUUUAAUGUUCAUGAUAAUUUAUUUUUGAUUUGUGACGGUACUUACGCCCGACACCAAAAAAGUACUAACAAUGAAUAUCAGAAGAAAUCUUUUUCAGGGCAGAAAAAAGUUCCCCUCUGCAAACCAUUCACUAUCUGUACAACUGACGGAUACAUUGUUGAUAUGCUCGGACCGUAUCUUGCAAAUCAAAAUGAUGCGGAAAUAUUGAAAAACAUAAUUCAAGAUCCAAACGGUUUAUGAUUGCAUCAUUUCUGAACAAUACUUUCGGGAAAAGGUUACAAUCUGAUGUAGAAAUUGCGAAUGAAAUUGUACAGAGGAUGCAUGACCAAAAAAAUACGGAAAAUACUUUGGCUAUUGAGGCUGAAGAAAAAGGAUGGUUUCGCCGAAAACUCCCUUUUUAAAGUAUAACAUCGAAUGAUCUUUUGGAUUUUCCGGAAAUGACUGAAAAAGAUAUGAAAAUUUUAUUUACCGGUUCGUACCAACUUUCUCAAGCCGUGUCGUAUUUGGCAGAGAUGAUAGACAAAAAUGGCAAAUUAAACAUAGAGUAUGUUAAAAACGAGAAAAAUGUUCUUAAACUAAAAGUUCCAUCCCGACAUAUUUCUCGUACAACAUACAGAUGUUUCUUGCGGUACAAACCAAACAGUAUCGGAGUUUCCGGUGUAACUCAUUAUGUAUGUGAGUGUGCUAAUGGCAGACGAACUGUUGGUUGUUGCUCGCAUAUUGCCGCAAUAAUAUAUUAUUUAUCAUAUGCAAGAUAUUUAUCUAAAAUUUUUUAACCGGCAGAAAUACUUAGCGAUAUAUUUAAAAAAGAUAAUUCAAUCCCAGUGAUUGAAAGUGAUAGUGAAGAUGAUUAAAAAAAUUCUCUUCAGUUAAUGUGAGAGGCGAGGGGACUCACAUUAAAAAAGCACCCCGAUGAU